AUGGCCAAUAGCACAGUUAUGGAACAAUCAACCCCAAGCACAAAACAAUUAAUCUCCAGUACAAAAGGGAGGACAAAGACGAAAAACCCUUGUCAAUGCAGGUCCAGAUGUGGUGGCCAGGUAAAGAAGAUACAGAAGGGAAUAAAAAGACUGCUUCAUGGGAGUGCAAGAAAAAAAUUCUCUUGUAUUCAUGCAACAAUUCCAAGAAAGGCGAAGAGAGUGGAAAGGGCCAAGAAGUUUUGGCCAUUAACAAAGACCGAAAAGUAG